UACACAGCAGUCAGACAGCGUGACUGAUCAGGAAAACUCUCUCCUUCCUUUAACUAUGAAAUCGCUCAUUCACGUUUUCAUAUGCAUCUCUGUGUCCGCUAUCACUGCGACAGUUCACUCCCUCUCUUGUGUUCACUGUAUCUCUGAAGGGGAGACUUCCUGCACCGGUGCUGAAAAAAAAUGUCCAUCUGAUAACUACAUGUGUGGCUCAACGUUCACAUUCAGCAUAAUUGACGGAGUAGCACAGAAAGUAUUUUUCAGAUCGUGUGAAAAACCCUCCUUUUGUGGAUUAAGUGGGACUAUCGGUUUCCAAAAAGGAAAAGUAAAAACUGCAACUACAUGUUGUUCUAGCGAUAGCUGUAAACCACAAACCCCAGCAUUGCCACGAGACAGUACACAGAGAGUUGGCUUGAACUGUUCCAGCUGUUCUACUGUAAACUCAGCAUUUUGUCACACAAAUGAGAUUAUUGAGUGUACUGGAGAAGAGACAAAAUGCAUUUUACAAUCUACCAUUAUUUCAGGUAUUGCAAACAGCAAAUCAGCUGUCAGGGGCUGUGCCACCAAAAAUAUUUGUGAUUUCGGCAGCCAGAGCUACGAUUUUGGAGAUGGUAACAAAGUGAAAACAGAAGUUAUGUGUUCAAAUGGCAGCAUCAAUUUACUACCCAAGCCCAUGCUUCUGACCAUUAUCUCAUUGAUGUCAGCAAUAAUGCUUUAAGUAUCUCAGUAUCAUUGGAUCCUCGUGAUAUACUCUGCGUGUGAUGUGCACCUCCUUUGGAUAAUUCCACGAAUGCUGUCAUGGACAAAUGACAGCAAAGCCCUGCACUGAAUACGAAUAUGAAUUGAAAAAGGGGGAAAACAAGUUGUAUUUUUUUUAGUUAAUGCUGUAAUAGCUUUUUCCAACAUGUUUUUGUUUCCUAAAAUGUUGCUGCUAUGUUUUUCUUUCAGUAAUCUAAAAUAUGCCAGAUUGUUUCAGUUGUAACAUACCUGAAUACCUGACAGAGUGCCUUUGAUACACUUCAAUAGUACUGCAUGUGUGGCUAUCAAUUCUUGGCCAAUUUGUCGAGCAGCCUGGCACACAUUAACAUUGUGUCACUUCAUGCCACUAGCCAUUCUUAUUCCGUUCUAAUAAUUGCCAAGGCGCAAAUAUGCCAAAUAAAUAUACUGACACAUUUUUUUUUACACCAUGUCUUUCAGAUGAUAACUAACAGUGGUUAUGGUGUGUGUCUGUCAUUAGCUGUUGGAUGGCGGAAGUUGACGGCUGUAAAAGAUGCAAAUUUUUGCAUGUGAUUGGUGCAAGGUACUUACUAGUGGUUACAUAUUAAAACAAAUGCCUCUCGCUUCAUCCUUACCAAGAGCAGACUGACAGAACUAACAUGUAAAUUGUCAGGGAUUCAAUGUAAUUUCAAAGCGAAUUUGAAACGUUAGGGCAGAAUAGAUAUUGAAAUAGAAUAGAAAUAUUAAAUUGUGUGCAAACUUAACUAAUUGUAAAACACCUUACUGAUGGUAUCACGUUUAGCCACUAGAUGUCAGUGUCACACCACAGGCUAGACUUCAAAUAGUGUUUAUAGCAAGUAAAUGUGGAGGGGAGAAAGUACAAUACUGUUAAAACAUAUAAAUUGGAGAAUUUUUGCUGUUUGGGUAUUUUAGUUUAUAUCAUUUGUAAUUCCCUUUCUAAUUCUUCACAGUUCCUUGUUUUACUUAAUAAAUCAUAUAACAAGGAAAAAGACAAGCGAGAUGGUAAAUUUUGCAAUAAUUCAUUAAUCUUUCUUGGCUGUUACAUAAAAAGUUACAAUGUCUUUAAAAAUGUUACAGUGUGUAUAAAGUUUGAAUUACUACAAGAAUUGAA